AUGGAGCUGCCCCCGGCACAGUUGGCAUCCCGCCGUGCCGCCGCCGUGGCCGUGUCGUUCCUGCGGUACCGGCGGGGCGGCCCCGCGCGGGCGCUGCGGCUGCGGGAGCUGCGCCGGGCGCGCACCGAGGACAUCAAGGAUGUUGGGCACAAGUACUACCUGGAACUGGAGCUGGAAGAUGUCCUGGACAAAGACAGUACUGUUAACUGCACUGCUGAGGUUCUGUAUCAUCUGGGCAACAAAAACAUUGCUCCAGAUGUGCAGUUCACACUUGAAGGAGAACUAAAGAGCACAGAGGAAGCAGAUCACUUGUUCUACACUCGAAUCAGGAGCCUGGAAAAAGAGCUUGUGGCAGAGAACAUUCCAGACAGCCGUGGCCACGUGCCCCCAGAGCUGGAGCCCCUCCACCUGCUCGCCUGGGUCGCCUCGGGGUACCUGGUGUGGCAGAAUUCCACAGAAAACACCCAGCUCCAGCUGGCCCAAAUCAAACAUGUGAAGCAGGUGAGGAGAAGUGAUGAAUAUCUGCAGUUUGACUACGUGGUUCUGCUGCACGAAAUGGUGUCCCAGGAGAUCAUUCCCUGGGAGAUGACAGUGCUGUGGCACCCUCGGGAUGGUGUCCAAGUGACACGGGAGAGCCGCCAGCCCGGACACACCUCGGGAUGAGGGACCCCCUGAUCCCACCUGGAAGCAGCUCCAGAGCUCCAGCAGGCAUUUGGAGGGGGGGCACAGGAGGGGAAGGGGUGGGGAAGCAACCAGGGUACAAAGACAAUAAAUUAAACUUCUCCUGUGCCUUGAGCUUGGAUCUGAUCUUUUCUUCCCUGCUGCUGAAUCAAAUGCUGCAUCCAAAGAAAUGACUAAAACAAUUCCCAGAGGGAAUACUCACGGCACAGGUGCAGAGAUGUUCUCCCUGAAGGCAACUUUGGGCUUCCCCAUGGUGCAAGGACAACCAUAUUCCCUCUCCAUUCGCUGCAGGAAAGAACCCAGAGUUGUUCCAUUAGAGCAAUUCUUUGGAAAUUAUUGGAUUAAUUUAAUCAGGGUUAACCAGGGGUUUUUCACGGAUUUUGGGGGGGCUUUUUGUUGGGUUUUUUUUAAUGUUAUACAUUGUUCACUGUCAUUCUGCAUCCAACUUUGCUUAAGAUCUACAGAGGGAAAGGGAACAGCAUUAAUUUUUCUAUUAAAGUUUAAGUUUUUCAAGACAAAAGCAUCUUUUCUU